AUUGCUGAUACAUUUGCCUGGUUGGAUUGGUGACACUGAUUUAAACAAGGAACCGGUUUCUGUUCUGUGACGAGUGGAAUUUGGUCCCACUUUUUCAAGUUUUUACAUUGUAAUCCAGCCCUCACGACACUACAGCCAACUAAAAAUACAAGUCAUGUCUGCUCUCCUCCUCUCCGGAAAAUCCGUCCUCGUCACCGGGUCCACGUCCGGAAUCGGUCUUGGGAUUGCGACCCAAUUCGCGAAAGCUGGCGCCACCCUGAUGGUGCACGGACUCGAAGGGGAGGAUCAGGUGGCACCCCUCCUCGCAAAACUGAGAUCAUUUUCCUCCCCAAAAGUGAGCUAUACUCAGGCUGACAUUUCUUCGGAGGCGGGCUGUUCGAAGCUCGUGUCUGAAACGGUGUCAAAACUUGGAAAUAAAUUGGACAUUUUAGUCAACAAUGCGGGUAUUCAGUACACCGCGAGGACGGAGGAUUAUCCUAGUGAGAGGUGGGAUGCAGUGAUGCGGAUUAAUUUGACGGCACCGUUCCUCCUCAGCAAGGCGGUGUUACCCGGGAUGUAUGACCGCGGGUGGGGACGGCUCGUGCAUAUCGGGUCGGCUCACAGCAUGCGGGGGUCAGUCAACAAGUCGGCGUAUUGCGCAUCAAAACAUGGAGUGUUAGGAAUGUCCCGAGCGAUCGCGCUAGAAUGUGCGGGAACGGGCGUGACCAGCAACACUAUUUGCCCUGGCUUUGCAGAGACGCCCCUCGUACUUAAGCAGGUCGAUAAGUUGGCAGAAGAGCGCGGAAUUUCGAAGGAGGCCGCCAAAAAUUUAUUCCUCCUGGACAAACAUCCCACCGCGGAAUUUGUCAAACCUGAAAAUCUUGGUGCAUUUGCGGUCUUCCUAUCCUCCGAGGCAGGCGGGCAGGUUAAUGGGGCUGCCCUCAGCAUGGACGUGGGAUGGACGACGAGAUAAAUCUUAGAAAUAAAAAUACCUAUUAAAUCAAAUAUGCAUUUAUACACACAUAAAAAUGACGGAUAUUUUUCGGGAGGAUUUUCAAAUAAAAUGCUAAUUAUGUGUACCAAUGGUCAUGCAACCUU